AUGCGUUUCUUCAUCCUCCUCGCCGCCGUCGUUGUGGCCGUUUCCAGCUUCACUGGUCUGCCGUCCACCUAUUCGACGAAGCAGAAGAAGAACGCCUGCGAGGACUACUGCAUGGGCCAGGAGGAGUCCCUUUCUACCGGAUUCCCAUUCUACCAGAACGGCUGGGAGCUGUGCAAUUGUGCGCCUGCACAAGCUACUGGAAGCUGGUCGGCCUCUACCUGCUACACCCAGUGCUACAACCGUUGCUUGAGCACCCUCGGCUACUGCUCCUGGAACUACGCCACCAACACGGACUAUCACGGUCUAUGCUGCACCAACUCCAACACGACAGCCUCUGUCUGGAAAAAGUGCUUCAAGACCGGCAGCGGGCUCUGCUACCAGGCC